UCUCUUUCUCUAUCUUUAUCUCUCGUCAUUGGAAGCGGCAGGUUGUUCGCCUCGGCGCUCGCGUGUGCCAGAACUUCGCUGGGCCCGACGAGGGAUGAGUCGCCGGAGCUCAAGUACCGAUAGCGGAAAAAACUCACAGGCGAUGGACAGGACGCGGAGGAGUUUACGGAAGACGACGACCUUGUCGUUGUUGCUGCCAUUGCUUUUAUUGACAAGCACAAAAGGGGAAGCACCACUGGUCGACAGCAGCGCGCUGCCCCUCGAGCACAGAUCGGUGUACGGACCACCGGCCCAAUAUGGACCGCCGGCAGCGUCCCACGGGGCCGAGGAGAACUGGCCCCUGGCCUCGCCCGACACACCGCAGAUCAAGCACCUGCAGGUCCAGUGCGAGAAGACGCACAUGCGCGUCAACAUCGAAUUCGACCGACCAUUCUACGGUAUGAUAUUCAGCAAGGGCUUCUACUCGGAUCCGCACUGCGUCCACCUGAAACCCGGCACCGGGCACCUCAGCGCCACCUUCGAGAUCUUUCUCAAUUCUUGUGGCAUGAGCUCGUCGGCCAAUCACAAUGUUGCCGCUUACGGUGCGCCGACGCCAUCCGGCAGCUACGUCGAGAACACGAUCAUCAUCCAGUACGACUCAUACGUGCAGGAGGUCUGGGACCAGGCACGGAAGUUGCGCUGCACCUGGUACGACUUCUACGAGAAAGCCGUGACCUUCAGGCCCUUCCAAGUCGACAUGCUACAUGCCGUAACGGCCAACUUUCUCGGCGACAAUCUCCAGUGCUGGAUGCAGAUCCAAGUUGGCAAAGGACCCUGGGCCUCGGAGGUGUCGGGUAUCGUUAAGAUAGGCCAGACCAUGACCAUGGUACUGGCGAUUAAGGACGACGAGAACAAGUUCGACAUGCUCGUCAGGAACUGCGUGGCUCAUGACGGCAAGAGGGCGCCCAUUCAGUUGGUCGAUCAGUACGGCUGCGUCGUCAGACCGAAGAUUAUGUCCAGAUUCCAGAAGAUCAAGAACUUCGGGCCUAGUGCCUCGGUCGUGAGCUUCGCCUACUUCCAAGCGUUCAAGUUCCCCGACAGCAUGAACGUCCACUUCCAAUGUGUCAUCCAGGUCUGCAGGUAUAACUGCCCGGAGCCAAAGUGCGGCCAUCCCGGCCUCGAAUACGGCGCCCCGUCGAAUUCCAUCACCGCGGAGUAUGGUGCGCCAAUUCAUCAAGGACUCUCCUCGGAAUAUGGAAUUCCUCCACUACCCGAGUACGGGAUCCCUCCCGCGUAUCCCGAUCCCCGUCAUCCCAGCGGACCGGCUGGAGCAUACAGUGAGCCGAAUCCCGAUGUAGUACCAGCACCCCAGGCGCAAACCUCCUCGUCGUCGCCGAGCUCGACGUCCACGGGUAACGAGGCUACGGCCAGCAGCAGCGCACCCCAAAGUUCGCAGCAGCAACAACAACAACAACAACAACAACAACAACAGCAACAGCAGCAGCAGCAGGAGAGAAUUCAUCUUCCGCCUCCACCACUGCCCGGACAUCCAGCAGCCGCCUAUCAGACGGUCAAGAGGAAGGGCACGGUGGGCGGCGACGAGCUCGAGGGUAAUCUCGCGACCCUCGGUGGAAGGCCGAGAUCCGUGGAGGGAUUACCCGCGGAGCUGCGGGGCGCCAGGAGGCGAAGGAACCUCGUUGGCGAGGACGUGCACGACGAGGGCGAGGACUUUUUCCAUACGAUGACAUUCGUCACCUCGCACGUGUACAAGCGCGCCGCCCAGGAGAUGACGGACGUGAACACGUCACGAAUCAUCCAAGUGGUAGCGCCGGGCGAUGUGAAUUUCGCUCUUGGAACACCGAGCUCCGAUAACGAUACGACCGUCGUUAUUCAGGACGCUACAACGAACAACGACCCGGAGACAAUCUGCAUGUCUCUACCUGGCUUCGUUGGCGGUCUCGUGAUGCUCUUGCUGGUUAUCAUUGUCGCCUCCCUCGUUGCCACCUUCCUUUUCAUGCGUGUACGAGCCGUCGACCGGAAGAACGCCGGCAUCAGUUUGGGAUUUGCGCAUCCAGUUUACGUAACCGAGAACCCCGAACUUGUCAAGGUCGCCAAUUGAAGAACUAUGAAGAAUCCGAAGUAACUGUCAAAAUAAGAAAAUAACAAAUAGAGCGAGACAAAGUAAUAGGGAACACACACACGAGAGAGAGAGAGAGAGUGAGAGAGUGAGAGAGAGAGAGAGAGAGAGAGAUAAAGAUAUUAUAAUUGUAGUCUAAAGUGGUUGAUGCAUUCCUCUUCUGCAAUUCCGCAUAAAUUUUUAAAGUCGACGAAUCGACACCUUUAACUUGGUUGAAGUAAUAGCAACGAAUAUUUUACGAAUCUAUAAAUUCGCUUCGUUUCUGUAUCCUUGAAUCGUCUCUCUUUUCCUUUCCCUCGUGCACAUGCACAUUUUUCUUUCUCUCUCUCUCUCUCUCUCUUUCUC